CCUAUAACAAACACACAGGCACCUCCCUGAUUGCAUCACAGAGAGUCUAUAACUGCUUGUGAAAUAUUUCUAUUCAAGUAUUGCCAUUUACACUUGAAGUGAGCAAAGACUUCUGGAAAUACACAUAACUCUCCACGGGCCUGUUGUGUUAUCACCAGUAAUAAGCCAAGAUGUUGGUCAUCCUAGCUGCCGUGUUCGUGGUUCAUAUUGCCGUCACAAUCAUGCUCUUUGUGGCCACGAUUUCCAAUGUUUGGCUAAAAAACGUAGAUAAUCCAAUUUCACAAGGCAUAUGGCAAGUGUGCAAUGCUGGGGUUUGUACUACUAUAUUUGACAGCAUUUCCAGUGACAAUCACCCGUCUAUGAGGGCAGUGGAAGCUUUCAUGAUUCUGGCCAUUAUCUUCUGCUGUAUUGCACUGAUGUCAUUCGUUGGGCAGCUCUUCACAUUGGAAAAAGGAUGUCGCUUUUACAUUACAGGAGCCAUGAUGUUUACCUGCUUCAUUUGUAUUCUUUGUGGAGUUUCCAUCUACACAGCCAGAUUUGCAAACAGUACUCCAGGAUUCUACCACGCCUAUUGCUUCAUUUUAGCAUGGAUCUGUUUCUGCCUCAGCUUUAUACUUGGAAUCCUCUAUAUGGUCCUGCGGAAGAAGUAAUUGUCCUAUAAGUCUGUAUCUGCCCCACAGCCUGUGAUCCGUAAUGUCAACAGAAUCCUCCAACUUGCCAACAUCAGAAAUGAUGUCAUAGACAAAAGGGCAUACACAGUGGGCAUAGUCUAUGAAAGACAUCAAAAAGUUUUAAUUGCCGCCUUUUGGCAACAGGAAAGCCAACUAAGUAGUAAGCGACAACAUGGUGCCUCACAUUUUGUUAUUAGUUUCCUAAAUAUUUUUUUGUCAUGGCUAAAAUCACAACUGUUGUAAACUGGGAGUGACUUGUGUCCUGCAAUCAACAUAAAGUCUUUCAUAAUUUUUAUUUAUUUCUAGUGUAAAACAUAUUUUUGGUGUAAGAUCUUUGUGUUAGAUUACGUUAUGGGGACACCAUGUGGUAUUGUCUAAGUACUGCAUGUCCAUGAUACAAGCCCUCUUAAGUGCAAGACAAAUUGAACAGAAAAAGGAUUCUUCCAUUUUGACAAUUAAUCAUUAGUUUUCUGUUUUACCUUUGUGGUAUUACAUACAAAAAUCAAAAGUAAGAGUAAUAUGCUUAAUAAUUUAUCAGUAAUAUAAAGGCCCUUUGUCAGGAAAGUUUACAAAGAAUUACAUUACCCUCAAAGUCAAUAUAUAGCUAUAUGUCCGAUAUAUUAUGUUUUUUUUAUUAUUUCCCAGGUCAGACAUAUAUGCCAGUUUAACGGUGGGGAAUGCUAUACCUUUUAUAUCUAGCCAUUUAGAGAAAAGUAUUGUUGCUUUCUAAGAAUUUACUGUAAUUGCACAGUGAUGAAUCAUGAAAUAAAGUAUCACGUGACAAUAAA